AUGAAGCUCUCUACAACCAUCCUCUCCGCGGUCCUCGCAGCCAGCUCUGCAUCCGCCCUAACCCACAACCCGUGGUUAAACUGCGUCCACCCCCAAGAAGUCGAAUGCGGCAUCACCGACAACCAACCCUCCUGGGAAGACGCCACCGCCAUGCGCGAAUACUGGGCCGGGGUAGCCGUGAACGAAGUCGACAACGAAGGCGCCGACCCCGAGGAAGAUGACCCCGCGAAAUGGGGCGGCGCAAACAUGCAGGGCACCGCUGAUGCUUACGGCGAUGCAUGCAGCGACUGGACUGAUGGUGGCGCUAAUGGUGCGCUUGUCAAGGUUUGCCAGAAGCAUGCGGAUGGCAACUUUAGCAAUGUCAAGUCCAUCCCUUAUGUUUGCUUCUCGCUGUAUAUGGAUGUUAUCAUGGAUGAGUGCCGGGAUGGCGACUCGGUUAGUGGGAAGCUCUGGGCUGAUCGGUAUGGCGCUGGUCUGCAGAUUACUACCUAA